UAUGGGAGAUCACAGAGCCUUACAGCACUGCUAGAGAGCAUCAGUGGGGAAAGACCUCUAAGCCACCUCUCUGAUUGCUGGACUCUGCUUGGGAGAGGGGGACUCCUCGUUUGAGCAAUGCAGAAAUGCUUAGCUUUGGCAAAGAUUCCCAGAAACCACAAACCUGAUUUCUAGGAGAGGUUUCUGCAGACUUGCUGUUUCUACACUGCCAUCCUUCUGUGAGCUCUGACUUACUCUGAAGCACAAACUGAAGAUGAUGCCGGUCGCUCCUUCUUACCCCUGUUCCAAGGCAGAUCCAGCUGGGGAGUAAAUUGCUGGAUAAUUUUGGACCAUCCAGGGACCCAAAGGCUAAAGGUCGGUGUGCCUUUGGAAUGACAGCUCUCACCAUUAAAUGGGGCACAAUCUGCGGAGUUAACCCUGGGAUCAUCACAGGCGCAGUAUCUUCAUCUUGGACCAAAGUGAAUGACGGAUUAUUUAACAAAGGGUUCCUGUGAGUCUUUUGUACCUGGGGACCUCUCUGCUUUGCUGAAAAAGAGACUGUCAUUUCCAUUAAAGCAACGCAGCCACGAAUCUGUGCUUAGGAGCUGAAAGCCAAGAGAAUGAGAAAGAGCUGUGUCAGCUGAUCAGUUUUUCAACCACCUUAAAACUCUCAAUUUUCUUAAAAUGAUCUGUCCAUCAAUGGCAUCUCUAGGGCUCCCCUUUGGAACAUUUAUAGACAAGAAAUGAAAUGAAAAGAAAUGGAAGCCAUAGCACAACGACUGAAAAGAAAUCAAUUUUUAUUUUUCCAGCACACUUUUAGUGGAAAGAUAUUUUUUUUCUCAAAGAUAAUUUUUGUAUUGCAAAAUAUUUUCGUAUAAUGCAAGUUUCUCUUUAUUUUUAUUUUUGUGUAUGAUGUUCAGAAUAUGCAAAGUGGUACUUUGCAGGUAUGGAGAUAUAGUUUUCUCUUGUGGAUAGUAAAAUUAUAACAAAGAAAAAAAAGAAUAAUGUACAAGAUAUGGCCAAAAUAAUUGUAAAGUUCCAGCGCUAUUUUCGACGGAAGCCUGUACGCUUUUUCACAUUCAUUAUUCUGUACCUGACUGCUGGAAGUGUGGUUUUUCUCCAUGCUAAUUUUGAAGGGGAACAUAUUGCAUCUGACAAUGAUAGGCCUUUGGUAGAUGGCACCAGUGCUGGAGCAGAACACCAGGAUAUCGGGGUUGCCCAAUUAAGUCGAGUAUUUAAAGAAGCUCCAGAGUCUCCAAGUCCACCACGGAGAUAUGGACCAUGGUUAAAAAACCCAGCAAAAGGAUUACCACAGAGAAACAAACAAGGGGAUUUUGGUGGGACCUGGAACAGAGCUUUGAAAGGGAGAGUCAUAAGAGAACAGGAGGAAGGAAGAGCAAAAUAUAUUGGCUGCUACAUGGAUGACACACGGCAGAGAGCCCUCCGUGGAGUGUCCUUUUUCGACUACAAAAAGAUGACAGUUUUCCGUUGCCAGGACAACUGUGCUGAACGGGGUUACAUGUAUGCUGGACUUGAAUUUGGAGCAGAAUGCUACUGUGGUCACAAAAUCAAAGCCUUAAAUGUCAGUGAGUCCGAUUGUAACAUGGAAUGCAAAGGGGAGAAGAGCAAUUUUUGUGGUGGUGUUAACCGUCUCUCCAUUUACCGACUUGAGCUCACUCAGGAGUCUGCAAGGAGGUAUGGCAGUGCAAUCUUUCGAGGAUGCUUCCGUAGACCAGACAAUAUAUCUCUAGCUCUCCCUGCUAGCUGCACUAUGCUGAAUAUGUCUGUGGACAAAUGCGUAGAUUUUUGCACUGAAAAGGAGUAUCCAUUGGCAGUCCUUGCGGGGACAGCUUGUUACUGUGCUUUUCCCACAACUUAUUUCACACUUCAUGAGCGGGAGGAUGAACAGCUGUGUGCUCAGAAAUGCAAUGGAGAGGAAUUUGAGAGCUGUGGCACAUUGGAUUACUUCAUAGUUUAUCAAACACAAGUACAAGACAACCGAUGCAUGGACAGAAGGUUUUUACCAACUCGUUCUAAACAGCUCAUAGCCUUGGCAAGCUUUCCUGGUGCAGGAAACACCUGGGCCAGACAUCUAAUUGAACUGGCUACUGGCUUCUAUACUGGUAGCUAUUACUUUGAUGGAUCAUUGUAUAAUAAAGGCUUUAAAGGGGAGAGAGACCAUUGGCGAAAUGGGCGGACAGUUUGCAUUAAGACCCAUGAAAGUGGAAGGAAGGAGAUCGAAGCCUUUGACUCAGCUAUCCUUCUCAUCCGCAAUCCUUACAAAGCCCUGAUGGCAGAGUUUAACCGAAAGUAUGGGGGGCACGUUGGUUUUGCAUCCCAAGCUCAUUGGAAGGGAAAAGAAUGGCCUGAAUUCGUAAACAACUAUGCACCUUGGUGGGCCACACAUACACUGGACUGGCUGAAGUAUGGAAGAAAUGUGUUGCUUGUACAUUUUGAAGACCUUAAACAAGAUCUUUUUGUUGAGCUAAAGCGGAUGAUCAACUUGUUGGGUCUCCCUGUCUUGGCAGAUAGACUACUGUGUGUUGAAGGCCAGAAAGAUGGUAAUUUUAAACGUUCUGGCCUGAGGAAACUUGAAUAUGACCCAUACACAACAGACAUGAGAAAGAUGAUCAACAACUACAUUAGAACAGUAGAUAAAGCUUUGAAGCUCAAAAACCUUACUGGAGUUCCAGAAGACUAUUAUCCAAGAUGAUGACAAUAGUUGACAAUUUCUCUGGGAUACAAAUUCCAGCUGAUAAUUAAUUCCACCCAGUGGGUGGUUUUUCAUGAUUUUUUUUUCUGCUGCUACCAACGAUUAAAGAAUUAUGUGCAUGAAACAAUUAGCGCCAAUCAAUGCUUGAAAAGUCUGGCAGACAGGAAGGACAUUUUGAUGCACUUAUUUUUUUCUCUCUACGCAGAAAUCCCUGUGCGAUUUUUGGAAAAAUUACAAAUAUUGCAUUAAUGCAAGGCUUGAAGCAAAGAAGAUAUUUUAGUGGCAUUCUGAUAUUUUCUGUUAAGAACUGAAAAAAAUGGUCAAUUAUAUCAUCAA